UAGCCCUGUAGCCUCUAUUUGUAGUGUGACGAUGGGGUUACAUCACUUUUCUGGGCUGGGAAUUGUCACACAGGUUCGUUUUAAAGGGAGGGAGCUUGAAAUUUAAGAGAGACAGUGCGAGCGAGCGAGUGAGCGAGUAGAAGUUAUCCAAGCGAUGCGCGGGGGACCCGACAGAGCCCGGUCGCUGAGCUGUAACGGGAGACUGCACUAGUUGCGACACGGGGCUGGACUUGAACGAAGACCAACCGAGGGGCACUUACCAGUCCUUACCGUUUCUUUGUUUUAUGCCAUUAUGGUUAGAACUUGGCGUUCCUGUGAUUCUUAAUCUAGUAAAAUGCUGUCAGAAUUUGGACCUGGAUUCUGGGGAAGAAAGCUCCGCAUUUAACUGAACCCAAUAUUUUUCCUCUCCAUCGACUGACUUAUGAGAAGCAUUUUUAUUUAUUUUUUUUACAACCAGCAAAGAAUACCCUCGGAGGUUUAUUCAUUAUAACAAACAAACAAAAACCACACAGAACUUCCUGUCUGUUAAACAAUAUUAAAUAUGAUUUUUUCUUUUUUUUUCGAAUGACGUUUGACCUUGUGAGGUUUUUGGCAGACGGGUGGUCAUCUGUGGGGAUAUGAGGAUUUCAACUUUUGGGAAGGACUGCUUCAUUUUAAUAUGUGGAAAUCACUGGACCAAGUAUUUAAAGAUAACUUUUAACAGAAUGCCUUGAAAUAAGGAUCUCCCCCAGAGUGAUAAGAGAUCCACCUCCAUGAAAUUCGAUUAGAUAAAAAACAAACAUGUUUUUUUUAAUCUAAGCGAACAGAACAGUGUCUCAACCUAAAGCCCUUGAGUGUCAAUACUUUGUAUUAACUUCACGACCUGUCAUUGAAGUAAAAGACUGCACUUUUCGUUUGUUCAAUUUGCACUCUGAAUGUGGAUUCUUUCAGAAUUGCCAAACUGUAUUUGGAAACCAAAGAAGAAGUUUGGACAUGCAUUUAUCAUCCUGUCAGUAGAAGUGGUAGCUUAUAAAGACAGAUUUAAAGAAAAGCUUUUGUGACAGACUGACACCUCCAUCACUUAUCCCCAUAAAAUACUAUCAGCAGCCUGGCAGCAGUUCCUCUUCAGAUCAUCCUUUCAACAGAUUAGCUGUUUGUGUGACAGUCCAGCAUGGCUUCUCGGAGUGAGCAGAUAUGUUUUCCCAACCCCAAUGGUGGUCCCAUCAAUGUUAACAACAACAUCAGCUUCUGCAACCGGAAGACAGCUCCCUAUUCCCCCGAAGCCACUGCUGUCUUCGCUACGGUGGUCACCUUUAUGAUCUUCUUCACGAUCUUUGGGAAUGUCCUGGUGAUUAUCGCCGUGCUGACAAGCCGCUCCCUGAAAGCCCCGCAGAACCUCUUUCUGGUCUCGUUGGCCGCUGCUGACAUCCUGGUCGCCACCCUGAUUAUCCCUUUCUCUCUGGCGAAUGAGCUGAUGGGCUACUGGUACUUCAAGACGGUGUGGUGUGACAUCUUCCUGGCCCUGGACGUCCUGUUCUGCACCUCCUCCAUCGUCCACCUCUGUGCCAUCAGCCUGGACCGCUACUGGUCCGUCUCACAGGCCAUUGAGUACAACUCCAAACGCACCCCUCGCAGGAUCAAGUGCAUCAUCCUUAUCGUGUGGCUGAUCGCUGCCUUCAUCUCCUUCCCUCCCCUGAUAUCCAUGAACAAGAAGGCGGCCCAGCCUGGGGAGGAUGCGUACCCUCUGUGCGAGCUCAACGAUGAGAAGUGGUACAUCCUCUCCUCCAGCAUCGGCUCCUUCUUCGCCCCCUGCGUCAUCAUGAUCCUGGUCUACAUCAGGAUCUACCAGAUCGCCAAGCAGAGGACCAGGCAGGUGCCUGGGGAGCACACCAAGGCCGGGGCAGCGAUGCAGAAGCCGGCCGGCACGGAGGACAAGAUUGAUAUUGUGCCUGACACCAACCAAAACGGGCACCACUGUGACCAGCACCUCAAACUGAGCUCCUCGCCAGCACAGGAUGAAACUGCGGUGCUGCAAAACGGGCGUCAAAGAAGCCCCUCCUUUCCCCCAGCCCAUCUCUGGGUGCCCACUCCAGAAAACCAACUACAACAACAGCCCCCAGUGCCUUCCCACCUUUCUUACUCUCCAAAGGAGGGUUCCAUGAAACUCCAGGAAGCUCCCAGACCUUGCACCGAACCGGGGUGCCUUUCCAUCGGGGGCCAGCAGGCAAGCACAGGGAGUGGAGUUGGAAGAGAGGGAAGGGGGUAUCAGGUGGUGGCCCCCAAUAAAAAAGGGGAGAACUUAAAUGAUUCCACUUCCAGUUCAGAGCCAGGCGACGCCGACCUUGUCGAGGGAAUUAAUGGGAAAAACGGGAAUGUCGUACAUGAAGGGGGUGACGGCGGUAUCUCCCCAGGCAACAACACAGUCGAAGGCACCCCACCGACCCCCAUCAAAAUCGGGGACACCAUCGCCACAGCAAGAGGGGAGAUCAUCCUGGUGAGCAAGCAGACUACCCCAAGUGCCAUCCGCCGCAAAGCCAUGCAGAACCGGGAGAAGAGGUUCACCUUCGUGUUGGCAGUGGUGAUCGGGGCAUUCGUGGGCUGCUGGUUCCCUUUCUUCUUCCUCUACAGCUUGAGGGCCAUCUGCCCUGCUACCUGCCAGGUCCCUCUGGCCGUCUUCAAGUUCUUUUUCUGGAUCGGGUACUGCAACAGCUCCCUGAACCCCGUGAUCUACACCAUCUUCAACCAGGACUUCAGGAGGGCUUUCAAGAAGAUCCUCUGCAAGGGAAACAUCAAGGGAAUCUUUUCUUGACAGUUCUCCGCCGAUACGAAACCGUAUGCGUCACCCAUUCAGUCAUCUAUCUGAUCUGCAUUCCAUGAGAUGGCCAGUAAAGGGAAUAUUAUUGUUCUGUUUUUGCAGUUCAAAGAAUGACAAAUGCACCUCCAUAGGAAGACCCUUUUUUUGUGAGAGCUGGUUGGUUCUACUUUUACUGUAGGUAUAGGAGGCAGUGAUACACGGACCAGAAUCUGGAUUGCUUGUCUGGAAAGAGGGGGACAUGUGUGUUGUGAGGGUGCCCUGGAGACUCUGCUUCAUUGCAUAUGCCAUGCAUUCGAAACCUGUUUUAAGGAGAGCUGGCCAAUGGUCUUACUUCUUAGCACUAGCAAUGUGUCACUAUCCCCCAUUUUUCUUCUGUUCAAGAUCGUUUGUUGUUGUUUUUUUUUUUUUUUUGAUUGUGUGUUUUUAUUUUUCUUAAUUUGGAAUUACAUUGUAGAUGAAAGGUUGCUGCUGUUGCUUCCUGGUACCUAAUCAUGUGUUGUAACUGAAAUUCACACCAUUGGCCCAGCUGCUGUCAUCAGACCAUGUGAUCAUCAGCAAGGGUACCAGGAUGCAGCAGUUUAUUAAUAGAUUUUUUUAAAACUUUUUAAAAUUUUACUUAUCCUGAAUUUAGGAUUA